UGACCAGAGGAAGGCGAUUCUCGAGACCGUAAACAACAUGGCGCGUUACGAACCAGGAGAAUCUUGAAAACAACUCAGGGAAAUAGAAGCCCUCAGGGUACUGAACUCCCACGUUUACAAGCUUCAUUUUUGACAACACUAUUUUGUGGUUAUUUAUCGAGGUUUUGCAGGAAGAAAACAAAGGAGUAAAAGAGCUGUCAAAGCGCUGUUAUCAAAUAAAUUGACAAUCAGUCUAUGGGCUCUCAGUCCAGUUCUGGGAUGUCCGGUCGGGGCUCUGGUAACAACCCAGACCAGUCAGAACCCGAACCCAACCAGAACUCUAAUCAGACGGGUCACACACAGGCAGAGAGACAGGCAGAAUCUGAAGAGGACGUUGACUUAGCUCAAGUUCUGGCGUACCUACUGCGGAGGGGCCAGGUGCGCCUGGUCCAUGGAAGUGGAGCGACAGGCCUGCAGCUUGUGCAGUCAUAUUCAGACUCUGAUGAGGACAGCGAUGGGGCCUGGGAUGGGCGUUUAGGACAUCGAUAUGACCCUCCAGUGGAUGCCCAACCAGACACACAGGAAGUGGAUCGCAGUGAGAUCCGCACUCAGAUCAUGCUUGCCACUGCUUCCUCAGGCUUAAAGGGCAGAUACAGUUUCACACAUAUGCUGGCAGAGCGGGAACAGGGACGUUGUCGUGGGUCAAGUUUUUCUCAUGGAGAGUGCAGCCGUAUCCGCACACAUUUCUUGCCCAAUCAUGUGGUAUACAAGGACACGUAUCAGCAGAAAGUUUUUUGUGGAGUCUACAGUGAUGAGGGAAACAUGUUCCUGUCUGCAUGCCAAGACCAGAAUAUCAGGUUAUAUGAUACUAGUCGGGGUCGUUUUGCUCUAAAGAAGACCGUGAAGGCCAGAGACGUGGGCUGGAGCAUUCUGGAUGUGUGUUUUACACCUGAUGCACGUUGUGUGCUUUACUCCAGUUGGUCUGACUACAUUCAUGUGUGCAGUGUAGAUGGGGACAAUGAAACACACACCGCUCUGGACCUCAAUCCUGAUGAAAGGAGGUUCUGUGUUUUCUCACUGACAGCGUCCACAGAUGGAAAAGAGAUUUUAGGCGGUGCAAACGAUGGCUGCCUGUAUGUGUUUGAUCGCGAACAAAACAAGAGAACUCUAAAGAUUGACGCUCAUGAGGAUGAUGUGAAUGCUGUAGCAUUUGCAGACAGUUCAUCGCAGCUGCUGUUCUCAGGCAGUGAUGAUGCUCUUUGUAAGGUAUGGGACAGACGUACACUCAGAGAAGACAGACCACAGCCUGUGGGUCAACUGGCUGGACACAGGGAUGGAAUCACCUUCAUACACAGCAAGGGCGACGCUCGAUACUUGAUCAGCAACUCCAAAGAUCAGAGCAUUAAGCUGUGGGACGUGAGGAAGUUUUCACCCAAAGAAGGACUCGCGGCCUCACGACUCGCUGUCACACAGCAAAACUGGGACUACCGCUGGCAGCAGGUUCCUCAGAGAGCACUAAAGAGGCAUAAGCUGAGCGGUGACACCUCUGUGAUGACCUACAGGGGUCACGGGGUUUUGCACACGCUCAUUCGGAGCCGCUUUUCCCCUGAAUUCACUACUGGACAGAAGUUUAUUUACACAGGCUGUUCAACAGGCAAAAUCGUCAUCUACGAUGUGUUGACGGGAGCCGUCGUGUGCAAAUUGUCCAAUCAUGACGCAUGUGUGAGGGACGUCAGCUGGCACCCGUAUCACAACAACAUGGUCAGCAGCUCUUGGGAUGGCGCCAUACGUUUGUGGGAACACACGCAGAAUCACCCUCUGGACAAAGACAGAGAGAGGAUGAACGUGGAUGUGGUGGAGAUGAAAACAAAAGGCUAUUGAUGACAUCAGAGGUAGAUGGUGCCGUCACAGCGGGAAUGAGAUGAUGGAGGAAUAAAGAGAAACGGG